AUGGCCGCGGUGGCAUCCCCCCCUAGCGAAAGCGAGCAGGCGGCUGCUCGUGAGCCAAAGCCAAAGCCAACACCAACCCCCCCACCUUCCUGCCCGCGGGCCACACUCGAUCCGCAGCUGUUCAUGGCUGCUCGCUGUGGUGACAGCAAGCGUCUCAAGGAUCUGCUCGAGCUCAAGGACGACGACGUCGUCGAGGGCGAGCAAGCCACACGGAAUGCCGCGGCCACAUCUGUAGCGGCGGUGGCAGAACAAGUCUCUAUAGAUGUGGAAGUUGAUCGUCAUUCGGGCGCGCCGCUAGUCCCGGUAGUCCUUGAUGAGGAUGAGAUGACGACCAUAGAGGGGGACUCCCUGCUGCACGUGGUUGCAGCAUGCGGCGACGGCGAGGACUUCAUCGACUGCGCCAAGAUGAUCGUCCGCGACUACUACGGGCACAAAGGCGGCGGCGGUGCUGGUGGCAAGCGCCGAGCUCUGGAAGCGCGCAACAACAAGGGCGACACGCCCCUGCACUGCGCCGCCGGUGCUGGGAACCCAACCGCCGCCGACGUGAAGAAGUUCCUGAGAAGGAAGAAUAGGUGUGGGGAGACCGCGCUGCACCAGGCGGUCCGCGCCGCCAGCAAGGCCGCCAUCGACAAAUUACUUUCCGUGGAUCCGGAGCUGGCGUGCAGCAGUAGCCGGGCCCGGGAGGAGGAUGCUGCUGCUUGCUCCCCGUUCUUCCUGGCCGUUUCAUUAUGGGGUGAGCAUGAUGAAAUGGAUAUCGCACGCCAUCUCUUCGUUAAAACAAGGCGUAGCAUCAGAAGCGAGCUAUCCUACUACUGCUCCGGACCAGAUGGACGGAACGUCUUGCACGCGGCUGUUUCACGUGCUAGCGUGAAAACAGUUGUUCUACUCUCGCAGCUGCUGACGAGUGAAAUGGAAACAGCACCUGGUCUGCUGCUACUCUCGCAGCUGGCCAGCCAGAGGGACAAGGAGAACGGGAGCACACCUCUUCACUUGGCUGCAUCCCUGGAUGGCUUGCCGUCGUCACUGCUAAUUUUUCCUCCCCAACUUCUGCCGCCACCGCCAGGGACCACACCGCUUUGGCCAUUAUUGGGCACGGAUGCAGCAAGCGUGAGUGUCCACAAGGUGGUGGCUCGGCUAGUUUUAGGCGGGAGCCGCUACUCGCAGAUACUCCCGCUUAUGCUAUCCCUCGUGCUGAAUGCUAACGUGGCCAUGGCAUAUCAGCCGGACAACACAGGUCUGUACCCUAUACACGUCGCUGCAGGGAGUGGCAGCCUCCGCGUCGUGGAGAUGCUGCUGAAGAGGUGCCCAGACUGCGCCACCCUGCGGGAUGCCGAGGGAAGGACGCUCCUCCACGUCGCUGCAGAGGAGGGUCGCUACAACGUGGUCAGCUAUGUGUGCAGCCAGAGCCAGAAGCAGAGGCAGAGCCGCCGUGCCCGUCCGGGUUCAGCUGCAGCUGCAGCUGCAACUGCAAGGCUAGCAGGUCUCCUGUCCUCGAUCCUGAAUGCUCAGGACAUGAACGGGGACACUCCACUGCACCGCGCUGUCCAUGGUGCCCAGCUUCCAGUCGUCCGAUGCCUUAUUGGGAACCAGCAGGUGCGCUUGGAUGUACCCAAUAAUGUGGGCAUGAGGCCUAUUGAUGUUUCAUGGGCCACCAUGCCACUAGAGGCCUAUUACGCAUGGGAUCGAAGAAUAAGGAUACGAAGAUCACUGUUACGAUUAGGAGCUCCCUAUGGUGAAAAUAAUCGGGGCGACCUGUUCCGCAAAAAAUGCGUCCUCUCCAACCAAGACGAGGAGAAGAAGAUGUCGGAGAAUCUAACAGCUGCAGCACAAGUUCUAGCCCUUUUCUGCGUUCUCAUUACAACCGUGACAUUUGCAUCAGCUUUUACGUUGCCCGGAGGCAGCCGAUCAGCCGGCGACGGCACUGGUGGUGGUGUCGCCGGCACACCGGUGCUUGGCGGGCCCCGGAGGAGCUACGCUUUUGAUGCGUUUAUCCUCGCCGACGCCCUGGCGUUUGGCCUCUCUCUCUUGGCUACCUCCAUCCUGCUCUAUGCCGGGGUGCCUGCUGGGAGCCUACAGGGACGCUUCCAACUCAUUAAUCUUGCAUACGGCUUGAUGUGGCAUUCUGGAAGGAGCCUGCUGGCUGCGUUUGGCCUGGGGCUCUUCAAGAAGGAGCCUGCGUUUGUGAGGUGUCCUGCUUCCAGUUGCCCGCUCCAUUGCAAUUGCGGUCUUUGUCUUGAUGAUUGCUCUUGCAGCUAG